AUGGCAGACCUCACCAGUCUGUCAGAUGCCCAGGCUAUCCUUUUGGCUUGCGAGCUCUGCGCCGCUGGCAAUGUGAAUGCAUUGCCUCGCCUACACCAGCAAUUUCCUACGUCACUCACCACCGAGCGCCUGUUCCGCAUUAUUCUGUCCUUUCUGCCAGAGACUACACCUCCGGCUCAAUACACGCCGGUUCUCGAUGAAUUAAACCGAAGCGAACCUGCGAUAGCGAACAACGAGAAUAUAGAUCUAUCGUCGAUCAAAGAUGUCGAGGAGCCAGUGGCCCGAAAACGCGUUCGGCGGCUGCGCUUGCUGCCACUUCAAUACAGCCCUGACGAGAAUACGACUGAGUCGGCAAGCCCCUUGACAGAGUUCUUGAUCCAUCGCGCUCACAGAAUAGAUGCGGAAACCGGUCUGCAGACGUUGAUUCUGGAGCUACUAAUGCCAUUUUACGACCGUUCCGAGACUCUUCGACAAUUCCUUGUAUCUUUAGUUCUACCACUCUUACGCUCGAAUUACGAAUACUACCCAGAAAAUGAAGAGAAGCUGUCCCUACAUGUAUUUGACUCUCUAGACGCCGCAACCGGCAUCAAUAUCCUACUUUCAAUGACUGGCACAGACCCGGCAGCAACCGAUCUGGCGCAGAACCUGAGAGGACUCGUAGGACCGUGGAUCUCUGGAGGAGUUUCAUCGAAGAGACGCAAACUCAGUCAUGCCGAUGAAACUGCGUCUACUGCGGUAGAAACCGUGGACCAGGCCUGGCAGACUGUCAAUGAAUGGCUUUUGUCCCGAAGCUUGGUGGACUUUGAGAAUGUCGCCAGCGGUAUUCUUGCUUGGGACGGGCCUGAGGAUGUGGAUUUGGGCGGCUAUUUACAGAGAGAACAGUCUCUGGAGGAAUCAGAUCGAUUGAGAAUAUAUUAUGGGCAGACAGGGCUUGCCAUCAUUUAUACGACAGAUCCAGACAGAGGCUCGCUUGAUACCUCAUUCCAAAUCAUAUCAAAGGUGGCAAGCUUGCUCCAGCUUGAUACUGGUGCCCAAAUCAAAUUCGAUGAUGAUUCCUUGCCUCGUUUUACCAUAGAUAUCAGCGAAAUUUCAACCGCAUCCAAAGCAUUGCUAUUACAGAACGCUCUCCUGAAACCCAACAAUUUGCUGACUACGCCCACGGCGCAAGCUGUGGGUUUCUUGCAAACGAUACUCGUCUCGUUACGUCUUUUGCGUUCUUUUGGAUACCAUAGUUCCUGCAGAUCGGCUGCAACGGUUUGUCUCCAGAAUAGCGAAGAAGCGCAAGCUUUGGAGAUCCAUGGUGUUAUAGAUAUGAUUGUCAAACAGACAAAGCCAGGACAAGAUUGGAGACGAAUUCGAGGCCAGAUAUUAUGGCUCCGAGACUGGCGGGGAGUACCACAAGAUGCUGUAGACCAGACACAAGAACAAUACCAUGGUCUUUUCUGGAGAGUUUCUCGGACUAGCGUCGAAACAGAGCUUCUACGAGCAAUGAUCACUGCGGGUGAUUAUCAAGCUGCCGCAGAGAUCUAUACCGGAGUAGACUCUCCUCUUGACUCAACGCAAGUUGAAGCAGCUGUUGUCGAAACCAUCAUAACUUUCUAUGACACGGCUAGCAAUGGCAACAAAACUCGUGGGAAAGUGAAAAGAGCUGUUGAUGCAAUCCGGGCAUUUCAACCCCAUUUCCCAAAUUCCAACUCACUUAAAGAAAUCUCGGCCCUCAUCUCCGCCACACAUGCCAUAUCAUUCUAUUCUUUGACAUUACAACACGGCAUUCCCUUCCAGCCCGUCAGCAUUCGCGUGCACAACGACCCCCUCUCUCUAAUCGAGAAAGUGCUAGACCAAAACCCCAAGAGCUACACCCAACUCGACGACCUUUUAUCCAUUGGUCGAGGCUUUAUCGCCGCCGGUCUGCCUCUACCCCUACCUGGAGACGACCUACGCUGGAAGACCGCCAAAGUAACACCCGAACAAAAAUCCACCAUCGCCGAGAAGCGCAUCGUCUCCAUGGCCGUCUCCUCAGCCUUGUCAUCAGACGACUUCGGCACUGCAUACUCCUACAUCCUCACCCGUCUCACCCCUCCCUCCCUAAUGCCCACCACGACACCUUCCUCCCUCACCUCUAUCCACGACGACAUAUCCUGGCGCGCCGCCUACAACGCCGGCCGCCACCGCUCCUCCACCACUACCCCUCUGACCACCCAAAUCUCCACCCUCUCCCAACGCCUCGAACUCCUCUCCCUCUCCCUCAUCCUCGCUCCAAGUCCCGACCCCCUCCCCGAAAUCCUCGGCGCCUGGCGCCGCUGCGACGAGGAACUCAGCACACUCCGCGACCGCGAGGCCCAAGAAGCCGAAGCAUGGGACCGCAAGGGCGAUAUCACCACCUCACUCUCCAGCCCCUCCACCAUCCCCGGCGGCUUCGGGCCCUCUGACCGCGAACUAGACGCGUACGAAAACGAAAAACAAGCCGCCGCGCGCGUCCGGAACACUAAAAACAGCAGUAGUGGCUACGACGACUCCGCGCCGAUGGGAUUAUUCGACGUUGCGCGCGGUGCUGCGCGUGCGUUUAGCAAGAACAUCCCCCUCCAUCACCAUCAACACGCAAACACAAAUGUAUCACGCACAUCUAUCACCCACGAAUCUUCAAGUUCUCGUACGAGCGAGGAAAUGAGUCGGUCGAUUGGCGAGGUCGGCGGGGGCGAGAGGGUGCGGAAGAGGGAUGUGGUAAGUAAUAUGGUGACGGGCGGGUUGGCGAGUGGGAUCGGGUGGGUGUUGGGGGCGCAGCCGGUGAGUGAGAGUGAAGGGAAGGAGAGGGAGUAA